AAGAAUCCAGGCAAACAUAAUAGCGAUUUUUAAACUCCCGAGGAAAAAAGAGAAAAGAGGGAUUCAAAUUUUCGUCAGCCAUGGAAAUUUGACAAAUUGGCUCGUAAAUUGCGACAAUCUCUACGAGAGUUCUCUUUAAUAUGGAAUGAUAACGGGGAUUGUUGCUUAAUAUUUUAUCUCAUUGCGGUCUGGCUCACGGAUUCAUUUGAUAACUAUGAAUUUCAGGGUUUAGGGUUGUUAAAUCAUCGGUGCAAAAAAAAAAAAAAAAGAAUGAACUCCGGUGCCAGUGACCUGAAUAAAGUAUGGGAAAUCAGGGCUUUGAAGAGAAAGCCUAAUUCGGAAGAGGCCCGGAAGACUCUCCAGAGAAUCGCUUCUCAAGUUCAACCCAUCAUGCGUAAACACAAUUGGAGGGUCAAGCUUCUCUCUGAAAUGUGCCCCAGCAAUGGGAGGUUGCUGGGCUUGAACGUAGGAGCUGGUGUACAUGUGAAAUUAAGGCUUAGAAGGGCUAACAGAGAUGAUGAAUUUAUUCCGUUUCAUGAAGUUUUGGAUACGAUGCUUCAUGAGCUUUGCCACAAUGCUCAUGGCCCUCAUAAUGCUAGUUUCUACAAGCUCUGGGAUGAUCUUAGGAAGGAAUGUGAUGAACUUAUAAGCAAAGGCAUAAGUGGUUCAGGAAAAGGUUUUGAUCUUCCUGGAAGACGUUUAGGAGGUUUCAGCCAUCAACCCCCUCUUUCCUCUCUUCGUCAGACCACUUUGACUGCUGCUGAAAAGAGAGUGCGCCUUGGAUCUUUACUGCCAUCUGGACCAAAACGACUCGGCGGUGACAGUGAUUUGAUGGCUGCAUUGAGCCCUGUACAAGCCGCUGCAAUGGCUGCUGAGAGGAGAUUGAGAGACAAUAUUUGGUGUGCUUCAGAAUUCUAUGAUCUGACCGAAGAUGAAGAGAAAGAAAAUAGCGAUUAUACUUCUGUCAACUUAAGGGGUCUUACUGAUGAUCAGUCUCGACCUUCUGAAUUUUUAUCUUUGAAAAGAAAAUGUGCGCCCAACGAUACCGACACUUUUCUGCCUCAAAAGGGUAAUCAGGAUUCCAAAUUUAUGCGCCUAGAGAGGGAUACCUCAAGUUCACAGUCCAUAGGCCAUCAUGAUGUGGUAUCUAAUGGACGGGAUUACCGAGGGAACAAUUUGAGUCCUCCUUUUAUAGAUUUAUCAACUGAUGACUCUGCUACUGCUUCUACAUCUGUUGGUGAUCAUAAUCAUAUGACCAGUAGUGAAGAAGAAUCCGCAUUGUGGGCAUGCAGAAUGUGCACUUUCUUGAAUUCAGUAAGUGUUCAAUAAAAUUUGUCAACUUUCACAGCCAUGUUGUUUAUAUUCCAGUACAUUUUUAAUAUCAAUUUACUAUUUUUUAACAUGAAUUUACUAAUCAUCUACGCUUAAAUUACAUCGUUAUAAUUCCGAAAGAUGGCUGGAUUUCUGGAAAGGGCGAUUGGAUUGUUAGUGAUCAAAACUUAUACCAGAUGAGUUGUUCUGGUAGACAGUAGACUGGUAGAUAUUACAUUUAGGUGCUGCCUCGUAUCAUAACGAGUUGUACCUUUUCUAUUAUUAAGUAGUGUUUUAUUGCUAUUAUGUUUGAUGGUUUCUCUGAUCCUGCAUCAAUCCCUGUUAUUACGUAUGAUGGUUCCUCUGAUCUGUCAUCAAUCCCAUAAAUUUGAUAAAAUAUCCUUCCUUUUCUCAUUUGCUCAUUGCAGGACCUUCUCCUGCUGUGUGAAAUGUGCAGCUCCGAAAAGCCCAAGCAUAGAGAUGGUAAACAUAAGUCGUGGUCAUGCAAGUUUUGUACUCUGGAUAAUGUGUUGAGUUCUGAAAGAUGUGCGGCAUGUGGCGAAUGGAGAUAUUCGCAUGGUCCCCCAGUUGCUUCCAGGGCACCAAAUCUCGGCACGUGAUGUGUUGAACUCGAUGGUAUCCUUCAGAAAGAUGUACAUGUAGUUUUUGGGACAAAUUAAUAUUGACCUACAAUUAGGGUUUGGAAGAGGAGCGCAGCUCUAGCUUGUUUGGCUUUUUUUUUUCUUUUGGGGGCGG